GAUGGGAUUUCAUGACCGGCUGUAAAGAAAACAACAAAGAUUUUUAUCCACAAUGUCAUCAAAUGCGAAACAGCUGCUUUUGCCUCUUGUCCGUUCUUUUGCCACAUCUGCGAGGAGUGACAUAAACAGCCAUCGAGCAAGCAUAGCCCGUAUUGGUCGCCUCACUUACACUCGCAUGUAUCCAGUCUCUAUAGUGCAAAUGGAUGGUUCCACUAUUAAUGUCAGAUACCAUGAACCACGCAAGAUUAUUAAGUUGCCUCUUGAUCUGUCAACUUUGAGUGAGGCUGAGAGAAGAAAACGUCUUGAAGCUCGUAAACCAAUAGCAAAGGUGGUGAUUGAGGAUGACAUUGAAGAUGACUUUGACCUGAGUAGUUAUCAGCAUCUGUGGAAGAAAUAGAAAAGGAUAGCAUUUAUUUCUCUCUCUCAGUCUCUCUCUUUCUUGCUCUUUUAUUUUCUUUAUUUUUUCUCUUUCUUGCACUAUUUUGUCAAAAUCAUUAUGAUUAAUACUUGUUAUUGAUGUAUGUAAUUGCAAUAAAUUUUUGUUAUUGUUCAUCAUAAUUAUUUUUCAUUAUUUUUAUCACUGCUGUUAUUACUGGUAUUAUUGUUUGUAAUAUAAACAAUACUUGUAGUAUACUAUAAAUAUUGACUUUUGUACAUAUUUUUUUAAAGAUGCAAAGUCUUACCUUUUUGUGCUAAUGUGAUUUUUUCCUAUCUCACUUUCUAAAUUUAUUUCCUUGUCUAAGUUUUUCUCUGUAAAUAAAUGACAAUACAAGAAAAAAAAUAAAUGUAUAUUAUUA